CUUUGACCCCACCUUCCUGCCUUCUUAUCCCUGCAGCCUUUGGUACAGACUAGCCCACUCCCCCUCCCACCUCUACUCAACCCACUUUGACCCUCUCACACUCACACUCCACCACCCAACUUUUCCACUCACAAACAUACAAAAGCCUCGCCCGCCCACCAAAGCAAAGCUUUUCCUUCCCUCUUCUGCUCUUCGUCGUACAUACCGAAUCCAAAUUUACGGAUCACCUGUGCACUUUUACCUUUCAAACACACAACUCGAUCACAUCCCACCGCCAAAAUGGGUAAGGAAGAGAAGAACCACAUCAACGUCGUCGUUAUCGGCCACGUCGAUUCCGGCAAGUCGACCACCACUGGUCACUUGAUCUACCAGUGCGGUGGUAUCGACAAGCGUACCAUCGAGAAGUUCGAGAAGGAGGCGGCUGAACUUGGCAAGGGUUCCUUCAAGUACGCGUGGGUUCUUGACAAGCUCAAGGCCGAGCGUGAGCGUGGUAUCACCAUCGACAUUGCCCUCUGGAAGUUCGAGACUCCCAAGUACUAUGUCACCGUCAUUGACGCUCCCGGUCACCGUGACUUCAUCAAGAACAUGAUUACCGGUACCUCCCAGGCCGACUGCGCUGUUCUUAUCAUCGCUGCCGGUGUUGGUGAGUUCGAGGCUGGUAUCUCCAAGGAUGGCCAGACCCGUGAGCACGCUCUGCUCGCCUACACCCUCGGUGUCAAGCAGCUCAUCGUCGCCAUCAACAAGAUGGACACCACCAAGUGGUCCGAGGCCCGUUACGAGGAGAUCAUCAAGGAGACCUCCGGUUUCAUCAAGAAGGUCGGCUACAACCCCAAGACCGUUGCCUUCGUCCCCAUCUCCGGCUUCCACGGCGACAACAUGCUUGCCCCCACCACCAACGCUCCUUGGUACAAGGGUUGGGAGAAGGAGACCAAGGCUGGCAAGUCCACUGGCAAGACCCUUCUCGAGGCCAUUGACGCCAUCGACACCCCCAAGCGUCCCACCGACAAGCCCCUCCGUCUUCCCCUCCAGGAUGUCUACAAGAUCGGUGGUAUUGGAACAGUGCCCGUCGGCCGUAUCGAGACUGGUGUCCUCAAGCCCGGCAUGGUCGUCACCUUCGCCCCUGCCAACGUCACCACUGAAGUCAAGUCCGUCGAGAUGCACCACGAGCAGCUUACUGAGGGUCUCCCCGGUGACAACGUUGGUUUCAACGUGAAGAACGUCUCCGUCAAGGAUAUCCGCCGUGGCAACGUCGCCGGUGACUCCAAGAACGACCCCCCCAUGGGUGCCGCUUCCUUCAACGCCCAGGUCAUCGUCCUUAACCACCCCGGUCAGGUCGGUGCUGGAUACGCCCCGGUUCUCGACUGCCACACUGCCCACAUUGCCUGCAAGUUCUCCGAGAUCCUCGAGAAGAUUGACAGACGUACCGGAAAGUCCGUUGAGAACAACCCCAAGUUCAUCAAGUCUGGUGACGCCGCCAUCGUCAAGAUGGUUCCCUCCAAGCCCAUGUGCGUUGAGGCCUUCACCGACUACCCUCCUCUGGGACGUUUCGCCGUCCGUGACAUGCGCCAGACCGUCGCCGUCGGUGUCAUCAAGUCCGUCGAGAAGUCCGCUGGUAACGCUGGCAAGGUCACCAAGUCCGCUGCCAAGGCCGGCAAGAAAUAAGCGAUUCACCUCACCAGGGUUGGUUGCCGAGUUCGCCCAUGGCUUCACCGCCGUGGCUCACUCACUUCUACGGCUUUACGAAUUCCCUUUGCGUAGCAUGAGGACAUUAUGAUAUGGCGGAAAGCACGAAUAUCGAGAGGAAGGUUGGACCGGAUGAUUCUACGUCAAAAAAGCUUCUCAUGAUACGUGCCUAGUAGCACAAAAAUAGAGUCCUAGAAGUGAUUCCCAAGUUAAAAAA